AUGAAUAUCAGUGUUUGCUACGAGACAUUAGCGCCAUGUGAAUUAGAAACAAUGGUGUUCCAUAGUUCUGUUUUGCAUAAGAAGCCAUGUCAGUGGACAACAGGCUUCAGAGACCCAAAUUUCUCUGAGUCUGAAUGGAGAAAUGAGAUGAACAUUACAUCUGAUGCUCAGCUGUCCCCAGUAGACAUAGCCAAACUAACAGAGGCUCUUUACGUGGGACCUUACCAGGCGGACAUACCUUGUCAGGGAUACAAUUCACCAUACAAAGGAGCCAUCAAUGGAUGGAAAGAUGAAUGCUCAGCUACUAACUUGGAGAACUUACCAUCGUCUAUGAUGAAGUGUUACAUACCUGCCACUUGUAGUUUUAUCAAAUGUUGCCAUGAAGUUGGUCUGCUGGGUACACCAAUGGAGACAGAGCUGAAGAUUGACUCGUGUAACUUUGAAAUGUCAGUCAGGAUUGAAAAACUGGAGUUCAAAGUUCCCUUCCAUGACUACCAGUGGGGAGUUUUACAGAGUAUGGACCUAUUUGGAUUGUUGAAAAUGGACUUUGUCAUAGAGAAUCUAUAUGAGUCCAGACAGUAUUUAGUUUCUAUGAAUCUGACAUUAUCAUAUGAAUCAACUGGAAAUGUAACAGCAGCCACCAUACUGAUGGACAAAGCCAUUCUAUCUAAGGAGCAAUGUGAUUGGAGCUCAGACUUCCAUAUAACUGGUUUUUCCCUGUACACAUAUCUGUUAAACAGGAACCAUGGCCCUACUGAAACCAUGACACCAAACUUGUUACUACAGUUUAUGGAAGAUACCAACUUGGCACCAUUCAUGCAGGAGGAAAUGUGUAACAGAACUGGUGCCCUGUAUAACAAUCAAUCAUGGACACAAGAUUGUGCUGCCAACCUAACAUUGCCAACUUUAUCAGACAAAGUUAAUGGUCACAUAACUACAAUGUGUACAGGAGUUCAAGCUUGUAUACAGAAUGAAGUGAUUCAGAGGUCAUUUGAAUUCUCCCUUCUACUGGAUCCCUGUUCUAACAGGCUCAGUAUCAGUAUAGAGAGAGCUAGAUACAACAGAACACUGGGUGAUUUUGAAUAUGGAGAAGACCAUUACUACAAUUUACAAGGAAUUAUUCGUCUGAAAUAUAAUAUUGAAGAUCUGUACACAGAGCGUUAUUAUCUGUUAAAUGUAGUUGCCUAUUUUUGUUAUGAGACAUCAGGCGUUGUCUGUACACUGGAGAACAGCUUUACAAUCUUGGAGAACACUAAGUUACCUAAAAGAGUCUGUAGCUAUGAUCAAGGAUUCAAAACAACAGGUUUUUCUAAGACCCAGUGGUAUGCUGACAAUGGAAUAGCAGACGGACAAGUUCUGCCUGACUGGGCGGCAUCAUCAUUCCUGGAUGACCUUCACAUUGCUGCCUAUUUACAGACAGAUCAGUGUGGACAACAGACUGAUGUACAAUAUACAGCUGGAUGGAAUCUAGGUUGUACAAAGACUGUCAGUUUACCCAACAUCACAGAUUCCACAAAAUGUCACCUGACCUCAGCUUGUACUGCAGUAGAAUGUUGUACUGAAAUUGACUUCCUCUCAAGGUCAUUCAGGACGUACCUACAUAUUGACCCCUGUAAACAAAUGUUGUAUCUUGGAAUUGAACGUUUCAAUAGAAAUGUUUCAUUGAUCCAUUACAUGGAAGGAACCAAGAAACAGUUUGCACUUGUUGGAUCAGUCAUGAUUGAUUAUAUGAUUGAAGAUAUACCAGGAGAGAGUAUGUACUUGGUCAGUAUGAAUAUAUCGUACUGUUACGAGGAUGGACAGCCGUGUUAUAUGGUCACUACAGUGUUUGACAAUACCAGAUUACCUAAAGAUAUUUGUGAAUGGAAAACUGACUACCAUAUUCCAAAUUUCUCAUUGGAGACAUGGCAAGGAGAUCAAGGAUUGACGAUCGGUGACCCAUUACCAUUGUGGGCAGAAUAUUUGUUGUAUGAACAGACUGGAUUAUCUCCUUAUUUACAAGACAGUCAAUCUCAGUGUAGUAGAAGCAGUGCCAAGUUUAACUCAUCUAUUGCUGGUGGAUGGAUUGAUGAAUGCAGCCUGAAAACCACGGUACAGGAUCUUCCUAGCAGCUACACGGAUAUAACAUGUCAUGUGACACCAAGCUGUACGAAAAUCGAGUGUUGUGUUGACUCCACCAAGUUACAUAGACCUUUCCACGUGGUUGUCAACUUAGAUCCCUGUGAUUUUGUUAUCAGUGUUGGAAUUGAAAACUUCCAGUACACACUGGCUAUGGGAGACUAUACUUUUGGUGAACAGAGGAACUUCUCCUUAGGAGGAAUAGUCAAAACACAAUUUGCUGUGUAUCAUAUUGAGUCAGAACAUGCUUACCUGAUAGAUAUGAACAUUUCUGUCUGUACUGAGAGUUCCCAGGCUUGUGAGCAAGAUUAUGUCAUAGCACAAAAUGUCCUUCUUCCCAAAAAACAAUGUACAUGGGACGCAGGAUUCGUUCAUCAGAACUUUUCUUUAGCCCAUUUUAAGACUGAUAAUCAAAUCUCUGGAAACUUGGAAAGCAAUGAUGCGUCUCGGUUUUUGGAUGAAGCCUUUGUAUCGUAUUACCUGCUAGCUACACCAUGUGAUCGAAGCGAUGAUAACUUGUAUUUUUCGCCCACCAAUGGAUGGACUACAGCUUGUUCUGAUGUGCCUACAAGUAGCUUGCCAGCACUUGCCAAUACAGUUUCAUGUAGCGUUGAUAAUAACUGUGAAAAGUUUACAUGUUGUUUUGAGGAAACAGAAGUAGGUCGAAGUAUCCAGACCAGUGUUCAUAUAGAUUCAUGUAAAGGAGAGCUGAUUGUUACUCUCGAGAGAAUGACUCGAACCAUUUCUUUGAUUGGCUAUGUUUGGGGAACGGAGGAACUGUACAAAUUAAAUGGAGUGUAUGGCCUUAGGUUUACAGUGAACAACCUGAUAACAAGAAAUAAGUAUUUAGUGAGCAUGGACUUGAUGGCUUGUUAUGAGGCCAACGGUGCAUGUGCUUUACAAGAAACAAUCCUCACAAACUUUGAACUUGUAAAGCAAGAGUGUGAUAGGGCAACAGGUUUUAUUAAUCCCCAGUUUUCCUAUAGUACCUGGGUGUCAUCAGUUGGUCUUCCAGCCGAUACUUCACCAUUACCAGAAUGGGCCAUAUUACAGCUGACCGAUGACCUUGAGGUCAAUAAUUACUUCAGUCUUGACCACAAGUGUUACAAUGUUAUGGAUCCAUUUAUGACAGGAAAUUGGACAAAUGCAACAACUGGCUUCAAUAACGAUUGCAGUUUAUCAAUUUCACACAAUAAUUUUACCGAAGCUGAUACCAUCGUGUGUAGUAUCCCCACAGACUGUAAUGGGGUACGAUGCUGUGUUGAUGUGCCUCAGCUUGAUACAUCACUGGAAUAUAAAAUGAUUCUGGACACUUGUGGUAAUAGACUACGACUUAAAGUGGACAAACUGGAAACAGACAUAUCAUUACAUGAUUAUGAAUUUGGAUCCAAUUCCAAAUUUUCUAUAUACAGCUUAGCUGAAAUAAAUUACCAAGUUAGCAAUCUGAUGCUAAGUAACCAGUAUGAAGUAACAAUGUCAAUAAAGUUCUGCUUGAAUGGCGAUACCUCAUUGACAUGUGACCAGGAAUACACCAUCUUUAAUAAGACGGUCUUUGAUAAAGAAACCUGUGAUUUCAAUACAGAGAUCAAGGAUGUAGGCAAGAACAUGACAGAAUUCUCUCUAUCUACAUGGUUAGCAGACAGAAGUUUAGGGUUAACAAAUAUGUCUAUAGUGGAUGCUGAUGAUUUAUUACAGUUACUACAGAUAGAUGACUUUAUGGAGUAUUCCAACAUCUGUAACUUUACUGGUUCACCCUAUGUUGGGGCUGUAGAUGGAUGGAAUAAUGAAUGUAGCAAUGUAUCAUCAGGGGACUUAACUCUCCUACCUUCAACAGAAUUACUUUGUCAUAUGUCUACUGAUUGUAAUGCUGUUUCAUGUUGUGCCAAGUCUGAUGUUCUCAAACGAGACUUUUUUGUUGCCGUGACCAUGCAAACAUGUAAAUACACACUGAAGAUACAGUUGGAAAAUCUGAUAAUUGAGAAGGAUUUACUGAACUAUGCUUGGGGCACAACAGAGAACAUUAACCUGUAUGGAGUUUUGAGAGUGAUGUAUCGUGUAAAUCAUGUGGCAUCAAUGAAACACUUCAAUGUUGAUUUAACUAUCAAAUUAUGUUAUGAGUCUGGUGCAGGGUCAUGUUUACAAGACUAUACCAUAUUUACCAGUAAUAGACUUUACUAUCCUGAGUGUACACAGCCAAACCUACCUUUUUAUGGAAUAACCUUUGACUACUGGAAACCAACAGUUUGUUCACAGUUUUCUUCAGGAACAUAUGGUCAAGGAUGUCCUGGUGUAAGCUUUACCACCUUUGCUCAAACAAGAUGUCAAAUGGCGGCUGACUGUUUCAGUGUCACAUGUUGUUUAGAUUUGGACUUUGUACCUGGUACACGUAACACAGAACUGACAUUUGCUUUGGAUUCAUGUACUGAUCAAAUUGACUACACCCUAGAGAGACACACAUGGACAAGGACAGGACUGGCUUCAAUCAAUGGAAUCGAACAGGUUGAAGAAUUGUCUAGCUCAUUCAAGUUAAACUUUACUCUGGACACAACAACAUCGGCUACAGCUUACAAGACCACUAUAGGACUGACUGCAUGCUACAUUUCUCCGGGAACAUGUGAAGAUUAUCAGUUACUGACAGCAUCUAACCUGAAGAAGAGAACAUGUACAGGCCGUAGAAGACGAAGACGGGAGGCAUCAGAGUUGGACGUCAAAGACAUGGAAGGAGGCCUACGGAUACUGACAGCUAGAAACGCAACGGAAGCAGAAACAAACUCUUUCAUUGCUGAUUGUAUGGAAUACAGUAAAAAUAGUAAGGAUUAUUCGGUAACAGACAUUGAUGAUGGCGAUACAAGAACUGGUGGAAAGUCUGCUCUCAAAGCUCUAGGUAGUGGUAUGCCUACCACUGUUGGUGUUAGUGGAGAAACAUUUAGUGGAACCUUUACAGUACAGGGAGGUGAAGAAAUCUUUAAGGAACUUGAUUUUGCUGUUACUGGUAUAAAGGAUGCCUAUGCUAUUGGUCAAGGAUUGUCCGAGGUUGGAGCCAAACUGUUAGGAGAGAAGUUAGCAAAUAUGACAGUUGGUGACAUUGAAACUUUAAUGGACUUCAAAAAUGUGGACCCAAUAUUGGUGGCCCAGCUUAUGGCAGACUUGAGAGACUUAGCAAAAGCAUUGUAUUCUGAGUUCCUUACCAAGCUUCUGAACAAUGGGGAAGAGGUGUUCAAAUCUUUUGAAUUUACACUGAAAGGAGCCUUUAGUUUCCCUGAACAGAACGUAGAACUGUAUAAGAAGAAAAAAAACAUGUUGGUGGGUGGAAUGGUACCUGUGAUGUAUAAGUUUGGUGCUUUUGCAUACUACGGAUUGAAUAUGGAGAUUGGUGCCAAGGUGUUAGAAAUGAAGGCUGAAUGUACUGUUACACCUUAUGCUGGAGUAGGAGUCUAUGGCGAACUUGGUCUUGGUUUUAUGCUAUAUGCAAAACUCCGUUUAGAUGGACAACUUAUGGACUUGCGUUUCCCAACAACAGCUGAGGUUACAUUCAAUAAGUUUCCUCUAGAUGUUAGUCUGGUCAUGUACUUGAAACUGGUUCCAAUUUCAUUUGUGUUGAAAGCCAUGGUGACUCUAGAAAUUGAAUUAUUCAAAGUAAAGAAAAUCAAAAUCUUGUUUGAAGCUGAUAUGUGGGGAUACACGGCCCCAACCAUUUCUAAGAAACUGAUUGACACCAGGAAAGAAGAACCAGACACAACUCCUCCAGAAAUAUCGCCAUUCACAGAUGAUAACACCUCAGGAAGAAAGAGAAGGGCCACAGCAAGUUGUGAAGUAGAUCAGAUAGCGGGUAGAGAUUAUGUCGAGCCAAUGUUUGAAAUCGCUAUUCGUGCUGACGAUGACAGAAGUGAAGUGUCUUACUUCCUGGACGUAGGAACAGUACCGGGUGGAAAAGAUGUAAUGGACCAGCAUACUCUUGGUGGACCAAAGACUUCAAUUGACGAGAGACUUAGUACUUCCAGUGUACCCCUGUAUUUUACAAUGUAUGCACAAAACAGUGCUGGGGAACGUUCCAUGGCGACAUGUUACUUAAAUACCUAUGAUGUCACUCUUCCCGGGGGUCGAUUUACUGAAGACUUUUUAUCAACUAGUAAUCCAGCCGUAAUGAAGGCAUCCGUUGUUGUUUAUGAAGACUCAGAUAUAGCGUUGACACAGGUCGGAUUGGGAUUUGGUAAAGAUGUGUGGGGAGAUCAAGUCAUUUCGUGGAACACUGUCAAUGUAGAUGCUGAUGCCUUUAGUCCACCUGAUCUAAGGAAUGAUCCUCACAACCAUAUAGUUAUGGAAAUGUUCACAGACUUCAGAAUAGGUCGACUCAUUGCACCCCAUGCAGCAGGGGUCACCAUUGAACAUACUCAAGGUCAUUGUGCUAAACGAUGUGCAGAUUUACCAAAAUCCAAAUGUAUGAGCUUCAAUUAUGACUUUUUGGGCGCUACAUGUGAGCUACUGGAAGGAAUAGAAGGCCAUCAUUAUAAACUUGCACAGUCUGGAUUGUUCCAGCAUUUUGAAAGACUUGGUAUUGGACACAUCUUGAGUUUUGAUUAUAAUAGUUUAUGGCUGACCCAUAACAAGGUCCAUUACUUCAACUUCCGCAUUAUAAACACGUUAGGAUUUGAGAGUAUUAUUCACACCGAAGGUGUUUUGGUUGAUACCACACCUCCAACUACAGGUCCUAUAUACAACAGUACCAUUGAUUAUUUGGAACUAGUAGAUUGCAGUACAAAUAUAGUACCAACUGAUAGAAAAGACUUCUUAAUUUGGUGUAGAGGUGAAAAUCCAACAAUUAAAAAUCACAGAGUGAUACAAGAUGGACCAGACUCAUUAGCUGUUUUCAAUGGACCAAUAUUUAUGACUGACAUGAUGUAUACAAGAGCCAAUAACUAUGUCUCAGCAAACUGGGAUGGAUUUGAAGACAGGGAAAGUGGUCUCCUCUUUAUCACUAUAACAGUUGGUAAAGAGAUCUGUGAAGAAACAAUCCACACACAUCAUGAUCCACAUGCCCAUUUGUUUGACUUAUCUCAGUGGACACAUAGUGCUAUGAUAAGUCCUAUCCCAGCACCUUAUACAAAGCUACCAGAUGGCCAGUUUUUCAUUACAGUCAGAGCUAUGAAUGCAGUGAAAUAUGGAGGCCCCUUAGCAACAACUGUUUGCCACACAACCCCUUAUAUCGUUGACAAUUCACCUCCAUUUGUGUAUGAGCUGUAUAACAUUGGGUAUGAUGAAUUCCAGUAUAACCUGACCUACAGACACAAUUCAUCUGAUCCUGAUUCAGGUGUUUUAUAUAGUGAUUGCUGCCUUGGAUUUACACAAAGAGAUUGUUAUGAACUUUCAUGGACACGUCUUGAUUACAGCGAUUUUGUUACACUGACUGUGUCUAUAACAGCUGGUAUACCAAUAUGGAUCAAAACUAAAGCUAUUAAUAAUGUGGACCUGAGAACAAUUAGAGCAGCAGACCAGCCAAUCAUUGUGGACCCAACUCCUCCAAUUGCUGGAAAAGUCAAUGAUGGACAGAGUUAUGGAGUUGACCUUUUAUUCACAAAAGAUCCAGAUGUGAUAUGUGCAAACUGGGAAGGCUUCUAUGAUCCUGAAUCUGGCAUAUCAUUCUACCAGGUUAGCGUAGGUUCUGAACCAUUCGUAAAUGUAACGGACAUUUCUAACAUGACUCAGGUCAACAAGAAGUCACAUGACGCCUGUGUUCUCCUACAACCAGGAUUCUAUCUUGAACAUGGCAAGACUUACUAUACAUCAGUCUGGGCCUUUAAUGGAGCUGCUAGACAACUAAAUAUUUCAGCAAUUUCUAACGGAGUUCUGGUUGAUUUAUCUGCCCCUGUACCUGGAGAAGUGGUUGAUGGAUUGAUGAACAAUUUUAAUGACUUAGAGUUCACGUCAAGUCAGGCUAAAGUGGAAGCUCAGUGGAAGGGUUACUCUGACCCAGAGUCGACUAUCAAACAGUAUGAUGUACAGGUUUCCAGUGCUCAAAACAUGUCUAGUGACUUCACAGUGAUUAGAGAAUGGGUCACGUUCAGUAACGAGUCCAAAAGUGCUAGGUGGCUUAACUUCCACUUGGAACACAGAGAUAGAAUAAAGAUAGAACUGAAAACAACAAAUGGAGCUUUGAAUUCCAUUAUAAAUGAAACUGAUACCUAUAUUGUGGACUUAACUCCUCCAGCCCUGAGUUACCUUGGAGAUGGAUUAACACAGGGUCAGGAUAUAGACUUCCAGUCUGAUGCCACUUCAUUGAGUACAAACUUCAAAUUUGAAGAUCAUGAAUCCGGACUGGAUUACUAUAGAAUACAAAUCUAUGAGAAGUACCAGGGAACCAGAAGACAAAUUGUUCCAGUAAUUAGUAGUGACUGGAUUAAUCUAACUAAAAACCCAACAAGGACAUCCUUCACGCAGACAGGAAUGUCCCUGAACCUUGGGGCAGAGUACAGUAUCAGAGUGGGAUCCCUUAAUAAAGCAGGACAUAUGUCAGUAUUUGAAACUGAUAGUGUUAGAGUGGAUACGACCCCUCCUAAGGUCAAAUGGCUCAAAGUAGGAACAUUAGUUGCUGGAGAAGAGGAGGAUGUUGGUGGCUAUGUGUGGCAGGCCAGUACUAAAGGGAUCAAGGCAGCUUGGUCUGCUAAAGACCCUGAGUCUGGUAUUGUUGGGUAUGAGGUUGCUGUCGGAACUACUCCUGGUGGCACAGACACACUAGCCUGGACAUUAUAUGGUGCAGAGAAUGAUGUAUUUAUACAAGGUCUAAGUCUAGAUAUCACCAACCUGACUACCUACCAGCCUGUGUAUUACGUCAGUCUAAAGGCCAGGAAUGGAGCACAAUUACUCAGCUCGUCAAUCACAUCUACUCCUAUUGUUGUUGUUGAGGAGGAUAGAGCUGGUCUUCUUGUUGAUGGAGCUGAAGGAACAGACGGAACCUCAACAGAAUUAGGUGUGGAUGUAGACUACACCGUUGAUACCACCACUGUUACUAUACAGUUUGAUGGAUUUGAAAGUCAUCUACAUGGUGUGAUGAUGUAUGAGUGGGCUGUGGGUACCUCACCAGGUGGGGAAGAGGUGCAGCCUUUCAUGAGUGAGGGUAUUAUACAUUCAGAGGAAAACAAUGUGGCGGGAGAUGGAUUAACGAGCUCUGGACACGCCCAUGCCACACUACCAUUGAAGCCAGAGACCAAGUAUUACGCCUCUGUCAGGGGAAUCACUAACGGUGGAAAUGUUGUGCAGUCCUCUUCUGAUGGUUUUAUGGUUGAUGUCUCACCACCAACAGUCAUAAUUGACAGGCUAACAGACAAGACAUCAUCAGACCAGGAUAUCACUAGUGGUAAUUCUCUUUACCAAACGACAACCAAUGCACUGACCGCCCAGUGGACAUACAAUGACACAGAGAGUGGUAUAGAAAGAGGAUGGUAUUCAGUAGGAACCUAUCCAUUUGCUCAGGACAUAGCCUCAAUGGUAGAGGUAGAGGUUUCGUCCAUGGAUUUCAGUACUUUACCAUUGGCUUAUGUUACUGCUGUAGAUACAGGAAAACCAAAUAUUAUCAGUAUCUGGACCGAGAACAAAGCUGGCUUAGUAUCUGAAGUAGCUACAGGCUCUGUUAUCAUUGACAAAACUCCACCAGGGGAAGGUUUUGUCUCCUGUCCUGAUUAUGUUGGGUUGAAUGACCCUAUACUGUGUACAUGGCAUGGUUUCCUGGACAAACAGAGUCCUAUACAGAAAUACAGGAUAACAAUGGGAAGUCAACAAGGAUCUAAUAAUAUCUUCAAUGGAACUGAGGUCCCAGGACAUACAAGUCAAUACUCAUUCCAAGGUCUUGGUCACAAGUUAAAUCAUGGUGAUAAAUACUAUGUGACAGUGACAGCAGUUAAUUAUGUUGACAAGGAGGCUUAUGCCUUCUCUUCUGAGAUUGGUAUAGACUCGACACCACCCACCUACGGUAAAGUGAUUGACCUUCACACUACAUACAGAGUAGAUGUCACAGACACAGAGAGGACUUUAGCCAUGAAUGCCAAGAAGUGUGACACAGAUGAGGAAUGUGAUUUGUUGGAUGCCACUUGUUCAGAGUCAAUGACUUCAGUGUCAGCCACGUGGCAAGCAUUCCAAGAUCCAGAAUCUGGGGUUCUAAGGUAUCAGAUCGCCCUUGGAACGACACCUGGUGGAGGACAAAUCAAGCCUUUCUCUGACAUAGAUUUAGAAGAUGGAGUCAGAUACUAUACCAUUGGUGCCCUUAAUCUUGUCGGUUAUAGAGUCGUUUAUGUAUCUGUGAAAGGUAUUAAUGGAGCUGAUCUGACAAGCGUAGCAACAUCUAAUGGCCUCUAUAUGUCCUACCUCAGUCAGGGAAUGCCUCCUCUCAGUCAUGUAGGGGUCAAUGAUGUCCUGGAGAAUUCUAUUGGAGAUGUUCAGUUCCAGUCUGAUGAUGAUAAUUACAGAGCAUCAUGGGAUAUGUCAGGUGACCCAUGUCCAGUUAUAAGUUAUCAAUGGAAGAUCCAAAGGCUUGAUGGUCUUGUUAUUCAAGACUGGCUGCAAAUGAAUUUGAAUACUAAUGGUAUGACAGAUGGAUUAGGGUUGGAGAAUGGCAAAAUGUACUACUCUCUAGUGAAGGUGACCAAUAAAUUGAACUACACCUACAUUCUAAGAUCAGAUGGUGUCACUGUUGAGAAAAACCCACUCUUACCAGGAAAGGUGUUUGAUGGUGAUUUAACAGGUUACGAUAUAAACUACCUACCAUUCAAUACAAUUGUCUAUGCUAACUGGGAUGGAUUUGGUUUACCUUCUGACGCCAUGAAACAAGUGGAUGUCUUGUCAGGAAACCCUGGAUUACAAGUUGACCAAUCAAAGUUAGAUUCACAAGAUCCCAAUCAGGAAGUAGUAUUCUAUGAGGUUGCCGUGGGAACAGACAGAAGAUUCACCAAGACCAGGGAUGAUGUUGUUCCAUAUACAAAUGUAGGACUAAACAAAACUGCCAUUUUCUAUGACCUUGAGUUGACCCCUCUAACUGGUAUCUACUACUUCACAGUAAAGGCAUACAGUGCAUCAUACUCUGUGGCUACAGUCACAUCAAAUGGUUUCAGGGUCGGAUUUGAUGGGGGAGUUACAGGUGGAGUCUUUGUGAUGGAGGAAUUUUAUGCUACAGACACAUAUUUAGACAUUCAGUUUGAAGGAUUUACCUCCAAUUUAGAUAUCAUGAUGUACUAUGUAGCUUUGUCAAACAACUCGGAUGCCAAUAAUACUAACUGUAAACCAUAUAUUGAUGGUGGUAAAGCUACAGUUGAUGAGAAGAAGCAAUUAUUUACAGAAUAUGAUGUCUCCAAUAUAAACAAGUACACUGUUACAACAAUCAGAGGUCUCAAUCUUACACAGGGAGCUACCUAUUAUGUGUAUGCUAUGGGUACUGAUAAAUCUGGAGCAUGCGGUAUGACCAUGCAUGAGUUUAUAGUGGACAUCACACCACCAGACAUGGGCAGGAUCAAAACUGGACCUUAUUAUGAUAUGGCUGUGACAUACACCCAAUCCAAUACCUCACUAUAUGUGUAUUGGGAAGGAUAUGUUGAUGAUGUUUCUGAUAUAGCCACAUAUGAAGUAUCACUAUGGAGAAACAAAUCCUGUUCAGUAGAUGCUGAGUCUGAGAUGGUCGUUAGCUGGAUUACCUUGUCCAAUAACUAUACUGAUUACAGCUUCAUAGAUCUUACUCUUAAUAAAUCAGAACCACUAGCUGUGAAGUUUAUCAUCACAAACGGAGCAGGCCUCUCUAUAACAGAUGAAUCAGUACCAAUAUUAUUAGACAUGACAAAACCAACUCCUGGAAAAGUUGUUGAUGGCUGGGAUUUCAAGAAAGAUCAAGUUUGGUUUAAUUCUCCCAGCAGUGCUAAAGGAUCCAUUCUGCAUUUGGCAACUCCAUUAGGCGCUGCCUGUCCAACUCGUCUUGUAUCAAUUGUAAAUGAUACCAACUGGAAGGUCCUUCAACAAAUAGGCUUCAGAGAUCCUAAAGGAGAGGACUGGCCCAUUAAGAUGCGUACAGAAAAUCUUGGAAAAGAGAUCUUAGAUGACGAACUUUGGAUCAAGUUGGCACGAGACACUAAUUUAGAUAUAAUGUAUUCUGGAGGAUACUAUCGAAAAGCUGACUAUGAAAGAGGAGGAGAAUGGGAGUUUGAAAUAAAGGCUGCCAGUGGUGAAGGCAUGGCUGCCACAUCUGUGAUGUUAUGGGACGGACCAGAGGGUGAAAUUAUGCCAUACGAUCAUGUUCCAGAGGCUGACUGGUCUGCCACUGUCUGUUAUUGCUGUUUUAUGAAUCCUAUCCCAGCAACCUGUACUUAUUGUAACUGUACAGCAUAUCUAGCGGAGAAAUUUGGUAACGAUUCAAUAGUGGCACCAACAACUGAAGCUCCUCCUGUUGUUAUUAAUAAAACAUCAUCUCCGUACCAAGUGGUAGAAAACCCAGCAGGUGGAGCUGUUACCUCACUAAUUGACUUAUCUAUACAGCCGGCUAGAGCCUCGUGUGGUAUUGAAAUCUUUGCAGGUGAUGACCCACAUGUUGUAACUUGGUGUAGAGACUUCAAUGACACAUUACCCCCACAAAUGGUAGAAGAUGUCCUAAAUUUUGACCCCUCAGCUGAAUUCCAUACUUAUAAGAUUGCUAUUGACUUUGAAGCUGAUGAAGCUGUGAAUCCAUCAUUGUGCUUCUAUUUAUAUGUGGAUGGCAUAUCGUGGAGUAAAAUUUGUGGUAUACGUGGUCUGAGUACAGAUACAGAUCUAGUCUUCCAUGUAUUCCCUAAAAAUAAUUAUCUACCACCAGUCCUUGACAGUUUUAAUCCCUAUUCCACCAAGGCAUUCUUCCGUAAUGUUGUUUUACCUCCUGAACCAGGUGCACAUUGCAGAUAUGGUGCUCCAUUCCGUGGUGGAACAAAUCCAAUAAUCAAAUACGAAAUUGGUAUUGGAAGUACGAUAUUAGGCACAGAGGUUGUUCCUUAUAAAGAAAUGAUAUCACCAUGUAUCCCGUGUUAUAACUUAUGUUCAAAUUACAAUUGUAAUUCAACAUGUGAUGCUGAUGAACAUGUGUUAUACCAGUUUAUGCUUGACAACUUUACUCUACCUGCUACAAGAAUGGAGGAUAACCAGACUAAAACAAUAGAUUAUUAUAUCACAGUGAAAGCUGUGCUUGGUUCUGGUUUAACCACCGUUGUGUCUUCAGAUGGAUUUUACAUUGAUGAUACGCCACCAGUAUUUGAUCCUGAUGUAAUGGGCGGAGAUAUCUAUGUUGAUGUAGAUCAAGGGGAGUUUACUCCUGUCAGAUAUCAGGGAUCCAACUCCACCAUCAAGGCAUUCUGGAGAUGUUUUGAUGAAGAGAGUGAUAUUGUGGAAAAUUGGUGGGCAAUAGGUACCACAGUUGGUGGACAAGAGUUACAGGAAUUUGAGUCUAUAGGUACUAACCAAACUGCCAUUAACAGUACAUUUGAAGGCAUCUUGGAACAGAAUGGGACAUACUAUGUGUCCCUGAUCUGUGAGAAUGGUGCUGGACAGACUCAACGCCAUAAUGCUACUAAAGGUGUAACUGUACUUCUUGAGCCACCAGUAGAUGAUGUGAAUACCACUAUACCUGGGGCUACCCAAUUAUCAGCUGAUGUCACUCCAACAGAUUCAUUGCAGAGUACAGAUCCAACCAAACUAGGGGUGGAAUUUACACUUAGUCAUGACGAGACAGUUGAUAGAUAUGAUUUGUGCUGUGGUACUGAUGAAAUGAAAGAUGACAUUUUCCCAUGUACCUGGGUAGGAUACAAUGUUUCUGGGACUAUCAUGAUUGAAGAUGGAUGGGUGAAAGUUAACGGUGAAAACAUGAGACCAUUAUCUGAAUUAAACCCUGUGCAGGAUCCAGGCAUUUCUGACAAAACACGUCUCUCCAGUGACAAUAAUGCCUUCAACAUGGAGCCAGGACGGACCAUUUUUAUGAUGAUGAGGUUAUGUAAUGAGGCCAUGAAAUGUGUUAACAAGACAAUGGGAAGUGUUAUAAUAACCAAUAAAAAUACUGAUCUAGAAACAUCACUGAAUGGAAUGGCCAUUACAAUAUCAGUCAAUUCAGGUUCUCGUAGAAGGAAGAAGAGAGCGGUUGGAGAUGAUUUAGUCAUUGUUACCCCAAGCAAUUUGGCUUCAGGACACAGUACAACAUUUACAAUCCUGACACCAUCUGAGCUGACAGCAACCUAUGACUCAGCAGCAUCACCAGACUUUGUACCUUAUAUUGUUGAUCCAUCUACAACAACUGAUUUAGUGGAUAGAACUCUGCUUGGAAGAAUGUAUGGAAAUGAGUUUGCCUUUGCCUUUGUGUCAGUGGGCCAUAUUUUAAUGCCUGGACCAAUUGUGAUGACCUACAGUGAUGCUGCUGGACCUGGACCCCAUGAUACAGGCAAUAGGACUAUACUGACACACUGGAAUCCAGUGAGACAAGUGUGGGAGGAGUCUAGUAGAACCUGUAAUGAGACAGAUACUGAGAUCUUCCAUACUGAUGGGACUGUUACCGUCAAGGUUUGUAACACCUGGAGAGAUUUAACAGAAGGGGCAGUCAAUGAACCGUACUUCAGACAUGAGACAAUGUUCUCUCUAGCAAAUGUCAAGGCCUCCAUCACAAAUUCAGAACCCCAUCUAACAGUACCCGAUGUUAUCUACAUGUCUGAAGAUGCAGGUACAAUACAGUACCAGUUGGAGGCUACAGAUGAUGAGGGAGAUACGAUAGAGUUCUAUCUGGAUGUUAACUACACUAAUUAUACCUUGGGAACACCUAUCCUGUCUACUGAUGGAAUACUGCUGUUCACAUCUUGUCAGGACUGUAAUGGUAUUCAGACAUUCCCGGUCAUUCUACUGGAAGUUCUAACUGAUUCAGUUAUUCCACCCAAUAAUGUUACAGUAUGGCUGACUGUAAAUGUAACAGAUGUAGCAGACCCACCAAAUAUCUUCCUGACUUUAUUGGGAGUCUCACAGCUACCAUCAGAUCCUACAGAACCAGUUUUGGUUUAUCUGGAACAGAAGAAUGAUUGGAAUAAACAUAUCUGGUCCCCUUCCUGGUAUGCUUUACUAGGAGCUUAUGAUGUAGAGAUAGGGGAUACAUUACAGCUUAAUGUCCAGGAACCAGUCAGUGGAGUUAUGAAUAUUACAGACAAUUCAACCAGUAUACCCACCAUUGCUAAUCCAUGUCCCAAUGUAACAGACAGAACCGAGAGUUUUAUGUUGCCAUGUGACCUCCCAUUAUUAAAGCCAGUUAAGGAACAUGAAUGGAACUAUAUGACAUUAACCUACAUACAGAAUUAUUCCUUCUCUGGCUAUGAUCUGGCUAAAGUGUACUUCACAGAUACUAAUAAUGCAUUAUCACGUCUAGUCACCAUACAAUUUACAGUGAUGGAGUCACCAUGUCGCAAUGAGGGAGAAUGUCAACCAAAGAACGACAGUGCAAUAUCCUAUCCAUGUGAACACUACCGUAGAGCUUCAGAAAGUUUUGAUAUCAACUACAACUGUUUAUGUGUCAAUGGUUGGAGUGGUAUCCAUUGUGAAGAAGAUUUUAACGAGUGUAGUAGCUCCCCUUGUCCAGACCCAUUUGUUUGUUAUAAUUACCAGAAUUAUUAUCAGUGUGCAUGUCCAGAAAAUAAUCCGAUCUGUCAGUUACGUGGAUGGAUGAUUGCUUUGAUCCUCAUUGGUGUGUUAUUAAUUGUUGGGACAGUACUGUUGUUAGUCUACAGAUGGAAAAGAAGAGAGCACCACAUACCCUGGAUUGAGAAGUACAUCUUAUGUCAAAGUGAAGACACAAUCAACUCAUGUGGGUCACAAGCCUCACUUGCAGAUUUCAUGGAUGAUUCUGAUUGGUUCGCAGCUGACAACCCGUCAUUUGAUUUUAAAAAUCCAGAUAAAACGGAAUCUUCAUCAAAAAGUGAUUGCACCAUUGAGAAAAGUCAUGUGUCUUCCUUUCAUCCUCUGAUAGCAAGUUCUGGGUCUAAGAUAGCACCACAUCCAUGUGAAGUAGUUGACUCCAGUCUGGCAGCAGACCUUAAUGCCAUGUUAGAUAAUGGACCUAAACCAGGGUCCUCAGGAUCCGGUACGUCUAUGCCAAAGUCUAAGAAUACUGUCCAAUGGGCUCCGUCUGUAUCCAGUAGAUCACCAGUGCCAUCAGGUCAAAUUAGACUUCCCUCUAGUGGAUCUGAGGAUGUGCGGUCAUCUGGAAGUAACACUUCUACACCAAAGUCCAAGAAUAAUGUCCAAUGGGCUCCAUCUGUAUCCAGUGGAUCACCAGUGACGUCUGAUCAAAUAACACUUCCUUCUAAUGAAUCAGUGGAUGGUUCGUCAUCUGAAAGUGGUACUUCCACAACAAAGUCCAAGAAUACUGUCUGUUGGGCUCCGUCUGUGUCCUGUGGAUCGAUAUCACCAGUCCCAUCAGGUCACAUGACUAAUGGAUCACCAGUGUCAUCAGGUCACAUGACUAAUGGAUCACCAGUGUCAUCAGGUCACAUGACUAAUGAAUCACCAGUGCCAUCAGGUCACAUGACACCUCCCUCCAAUGGAUCACCAGUGCCAUCAGGUCACAUGACACCUCCCUCCAAUGGAUCACCAGUGCCAUCAGGUCACAUGACACCUCCCUCUAAUGAAUCACCAGUGCCCUCAGGUCAAAUGACACCUCCCUCUAAUGGGUUGGAGGAUGGUCAGUCAUUAAGAAGUCUAUCUCUACAUAGUAUCAGUGACAGCCAGAUGUCCAUAAAAGACUUUUUUUUUACUUCAACUGAUUCACAUAAAUAGACAAUGGAUAUGGAACAUGGACAGAUAUUAUUCAUUUUUAUCCUUUUCAUAUGCAUAUACUGCAGAAAAUUUUUCAUAUUCAUUUACUACAGCAAUAUAUGAUUUUGCAUAGAUAUAUUUUUACAUAGAUAUAUUUUUACAUGGAUAUAUUUUUAUACAAUUUU